UUGCGUAGCCGAGCGCACUGCUCGACUUGAAUGGAAGGAGCCCGCGCCCGGGGAGCGCAGCGGAGACUCGGGAGGGCGCGUUUCGCCGGGGGGGCGCGGCGCGGCGCGGCGCGGGGGCGCAGCAGGCACCAUGGCCCGGAGUAAAGCGCUGCUGCUCCUGCUGCUGUUGCCAUCGCAGCUGCAGCUGGGACCAGCGCUCGCGGUUAGGGCGCCUGUGUUUGGCCGAAAUGGCGCCCACAGCCUGAGCCCUGAAGAGAAUGAAUUUGUGGAGGAGGAGCCUGUGCUGGUCCUGAGCCCUGAGCAGCCGGGGCCCGGCCCGGCCACCAUCAACUGCCCCCGAGACUGUGCCUGCUCCCAGGAGGGUGUCGUGGACUGUGGUGGCAUUGACCUGCGCGAGUUCCCAGGAGACCUGCCCGAGCACACCAACCACCUGUCCCUGCAGAACAACCAGCUGGAGAAGAUCUACCCCCAGGAGCUCUCCAGGCUGCAUCAGCUGGAGACUCUGAACCUUCAGAACAACCGCCUGACUUCCCGAGGGCUCCCGGAGGAGGCAUUUGAGCAUCUGACCAACCUCAAUUACCUGUACCUGGCCAAUAACAAGCUGACCUUGGCACCCCGAUUCCUGCCAAACACCCUGAUCAGUGUGGACUUUGCUGCCAACUAUCUCACCAAGAUCUACGGGCUCACCUUUGGCCAGAAGCCAAACUUGAGGUCUGUGUACCUGCACAACAACAAGCUGGCAGACGCUGGGCUGCCGGACAACAUGUUCAAUGGUUCUAGCAAUGUCGAGAUCCUCAUCCUGUCCAGCAACUUCCUGCGCCACGUGCCCAAGCACCUGCCGCCCGCUCUCUACAAACUGCACCUCAAGAACAACAAGCUGGAGAAGAUCCCACCAGGUGCCUUCAGUGAGCUGAGCAACCUUCGGGAGCUGUACCUGCAGAACAACUACUUGACUGAUGAGGGCCUGGACAAUGAGACCUUCUGGAAGCUCUCCAGCCUGGAGUACCUGGAUCUGUCCAGCAACAACCUGUCUCGGGUCCCAGCGGGGCUGCCACGCAGCCUGGUGUUGCUGCACCUGGAGAAGAACGCCAUCCGGAGCGUGGAUGCGGACGUGCUGACCCCCAUCCGCAGCCUCGAGUACCUGCUGCUGCACAGCAACCAGCUGCGAGCGCACGGCAUCCACCCGCGGGCCUUCCAGGGCCUCAAGCGGCUGCACACGGUGCACCUGUACAACAACGCGCUGGAGCGCGUGCCCAGCAGCCUGCCCCGCCGCGUGCGCACCCUCAUGAUCCUGCACAACCAGAUCGCUGGCAUCGGCCGCGACGACUUCGCCACCACCUACUUCCUGGAGGAGCUCAACCUCAGCUACAAUCGCAUCACCAGCCCGCAGGUGCACCGCGACGCCUUCCGCAAGCUGCGCCUGCUGCGCUCGCUGGAUCUAUCGGGCAACCGACUGCACACGCUGCCACCGGGGCUGCCCCGCAACGUGCACGUGCUGAAGGUCAAGCGCAAUGAGCUGGCCGCCCUGGCACGCGGGGCUCUGGCCGGCAUGGCCCAGCUGCGUGAGCUCUACCUCACCGGCAACCGGCUGCGCAGCCGCGCUCUAGGCCCCCGCGCCUGGGCUGACCUCGCCCAUCUGCAGCUGCUGGACAUUGCCGGGAAUCAGCUCACAGAGAUCCCCGAGGGGCUCCCUGAGUCACUUGAGUACCUGUACCUGCAGAACAACAAGAUUAGCACUGUGCCUGCCAAUGCCUUCGACUCCACACCCAAUCUCAAGGGCAUCUUUCUCAGGUUUAACAAGCUGGCCGUGGGUUCUGUGGUGGAAAGUGCCUUCCGGAAGCUGAAGCACCUGCAGGUCUUGGACAUAGAAGGCAACUUUGAGUUUGGUGACGUUUCCAAAGACCGGGGCAAGUUGGAGGAGGAAGAGGACGACGAGGAGGAGGAAGAUGAGGAGGACGAGGAAAGGCGAUAGUGCCCAGGUGAACCAGAUCUGACUGACAGAGGCAGGUCGUGGCUGCUGGGUCUACUGUGGCCUUCCUGACUCUCCCACGUGUUCUGCAGGAUGAUGGACCGACCGCUGGACCCCUCUCUGUAGCACAUGCCUGUGCCCUGUGAGCCCCCACUCUGUCACACUCACAAAUACACCCCACAGUGUACCCGUACCCCUCUGCCAACGCAGGCCGAAUAGUCUCCCAUCCCACCCCUUCCUACAGUUCGUGCCACAGCCAGACAUAUGCAGAUACCAUGACACACCCAUACACAGCCAGCUGCACGUUGCCACCAAAGGGUCCUGCUGUCCGCCCCACACCCACCACCAUUAUCACUGCCUCUCAGUCACGCAGAUUCGGGGAAGGGUCUGACCCCACUCUGGCAUGCUACUUCCUCCUCCAUGGACACACACACACACACACACACACACACACACACACGUACGUCAUGUGCAAACAGCCCUCCUCAGCCUAUGCCACCCCAGCCAGAAGUGGCCAGAACAGCUCUCCGCCUGCCUGUCCGUCUGUCUGUCCGUCCUCCGGAGAAGACACAGUUAUCUCCGAGCUCUCUGCGGCCAGGUGCCUGCUGCCCUAUGGAACUCACAAAAGCUGGCUUUUGUUCCUUUCUCUACCUUUGGGGACAGGAACCUUCAGGACUGCUGCCCUGGCCCCUGCCAACCGUGCCCUCCACCUGCUGGAGGAGUCACACUCCCUGCUCUGCCCUGGCUGGCCACAGGCACGUCUUGGAUGGGCAAGCCCCACUGAUGCCAGAGGAAAAGCCUGAGAUUGCCAGGAGCUUUGGGCAGGAGUGAGGACAAAGGGCCCGACUCCACUUAUGAGACACCAUUUUUAUUCUUUGGGCCUGUGGGGAGUUCU